CCCUGGGAUUAGAAAAAUGAAUUUUCACACGAAAAAUUCACGUUCGUGCAAAUGGAAAUAAAAGUGAAAGUUUGCAGAUCAUUUUUAUCGAAUUUGAACUCGAAUUGAGGUCUCGAUUUCCCGCUGAUUUCUCCCCUCGCCCUCCCCAUCCCCUUCCGAUGACGAACGAUAACGAACGAACGACACGAUAUUCAAAUUCCCGGCAGUGCUUCUCCUUCGCUCUGUCACGAAAUGACGUUGCUCUAUCGUGCGAAAAAUACGUCGCGAUCAACGACGUACGAAUUCAUACCAUUUUUUCCCAUUGAGGAGUACCGAAAGUGCAGUUUUCAUACGCGUUUUGUGCAGUGAAGUGUUCCCGUGAACGAUAUUUACAUUUGUUUUCACUGUUUUAUUAUACACCGACGUUUAUCCGUUUCCUACCGGAUUUUCUUACGGAAAAGUUCGUAAGCUCUCGAUCGGUCGCGCGAUUACCGCAAUUCUCGUGUAUCGUCUGAAUUUCCUGGCGUCACGCGCGCGAUGUUUUCGGACAUCAGCGCAAUCAGGACAUAAAGUGACAGUGAAAAUAGUGCUUCUGUUUUUCGGUUCGCAUUUUCUUCGCUUUUCAAUAGUCGUCCUUGUGACACAAUGUCGGCGAGUUCGUUUGCGGCCCUCAGGCCAUGCCGGGUCAUUCCAUUAAUUUUGCUAUUUUGUUCAGUCUACGUCGACGGAGCUCGAGGAUUCAAGAGAAAUUACAAGCAAGGUCAAGGAGAUCAGUUCGGUACGAGCAAAAGUCUGAAGAACGGUGGAUUGUUUCCUUCGACAUUCAACGUUGCUACGAAGGCGGAGAUAUUUGCAAAUGCGACUUGCGGCGAGGAAGGCCCCGAGACAUUUUGCAAACCAUCGGAAUCCUCCAGAUGCGCUGUUUGCGAUGCUCGGAGCCCGGAUCCUGGCAAAAGACACAACAUUAGUCACGUCCUCAAUCCUGAUCCUGGUAAAUGGUGGCAGAGCCCGACUCUCGCUCAGGGCGACCGGUUCGAGUACAUUACGAUAAUCCUCGACCUCAGACAGAUUUAUCAAAUCGAAAAUGUAAUCGUGAAGGCCGCGAUUUCACCGCGACCAGCAGCCUGGAUCCUCGAAAGAUCUUUGGACGGAGAGACUUUUCGUCCCUGGCAAUAUUACGCACCGACUGACGAGGAGUGCUGGAGCAGAUACUCGGUGCAACCAAUGUCGGGAAAGCCUCAGUCGAUCAGCGACGACGAGGUCGUCUGCACGAGCAUAUAUUCCCGGCAAACUCCAAUAGAAAAUGGCGAGAUUCACACGCAUCUGUUGAACGGCCGUCCCGGGGCUGUGAAUCACUCGAGCUCGCUUCAAGAAUUCACUCAAGCGAGAUACGUGAAGCUGCGCUUUCAAGGGCUUCGCCGCGGUGGCGGUGUCAUCGCUGACAAAAGACGAGCAUUCUACUCGAUAAAGGAGAUCAGCAUCGGCGGACGUUGCCUCUGCUCUGGUCAUGCAUCCAGAUGUCGGUACAGCCCUCGACACGGGCAUCAGGAGUGCGAGUGCGAACGACACACGUGUGGCGAAAGAUGUGACAAAUGCUGUCCCAUGUACAACCAAGUGCCCUGGAAACCUGGCACCUCCGGCAAAGGUUUUCAUUGUGAAAGAUGCAAUUGCAACGGUCACGCGAACUCUUGUCGUUACGAUGACGAUAUCGCGGAGCGGCGAUUGUCCCUUGAUAUACGUGGGAAAUAUCGGGGUGGCGGUGUUUGUAUUAAUUGCACGGAUCAUACAACGGGAAUCAAUUGUGAGAAAUGUGAGAUCGGCUAUUACAGACCAAACGGCGUUCCGCCCGAUGCACCACAGCCGUGUUUACCAUGCGAUCAUUGCAAUCUUCAGGGCAGCACCGGAUAUUGCACACCCGACGAUUCUUACACGAACGUUGGAAAGGUAACAGGUGCCUGUGAGUGUAAGCCCGGUUAUUCCGGGUACAAGUGUGAUCAGUGCGCGGCAGGCUAUCGUCAAUUUCCCGAUUGCAUGCCAUGCCCGUGUGAUUCCCGAGGAAUUUUACCAGCCCACGAUUGCGAGGGUGAUUGUUUGUGCAAGCUUCACGUUGCCGGUGAAUUUUGCGACGAAUGCAAGACCGGAUAUUACGCUUUGACACGCGACAAUCUAGAGGGCUGUCUGCAGUGUGACUGUUUCGGCAUUACGAAUGAGUGCAGAGCUGCCAAAUUGACUUACGAGCCGAUAUCGAGCUUAGAGGGUUGGAUGAUAACCGACAUGAACGCCUCCCGUUCUCUCCUCGUCAAUGCCGAUCCGGACAGCGGUCUUUUGACCAUGUCUUCAUUCGAGGUCGAGUAUCAAAGUCCGUAUUGGCUGGCGCCCAAGAUCUAUGCCGGAAAUCGUCUCUCCUCGUACGGCAGCAAUCUCACUUACUCCGUCACCUGGGUCGUCAUGCGUGGCGACACCAGCGGCAAACCCACUACAGAGCCGAACGUCAUUCUCGUCGGCAAAAAUGGCAUGAGAAUCGCAUACGGCGAAGAACAAUACAGCGGACAAAGCGCCGAGAUAUCGGUCACUUUUCAAGAACAAGGAUGGUUCCAUGUUCGCAGCGAGAUACGAGACAUUCCUACGAGAUUAAGGAGAACCGAAUAUCGCGGCAAUCCGGUUACUAGGUCACAAAUGCUUCGCAUACUUUCCGACGUCCAACACAUCAUGAUAAGGGCCCAAUAUCAUUCCGAGCAGAUCGAAGGAAGCCUGCUCUCAGCGAUAUUGCCCAUUGGUGAAAAAGCGAUUGAUGAAACAAGCGAGUCACUGGUCGAGCAGUGCCAGUGUCCCGAAGGCUACGUCGGAUUUUCGUGUGAAAAUUGUGCCUGGGGAUACGUCAAAAUAAUAACAAACGGUACGGAUCACCAAGAUCAUCACGAGUGCGUGAAGUGCGAUUGCAACGGUCAUGCUGGCUCGUGUGACCUCGCGAUGGGAGAAUGUAAGAUAUGCGAACACCACACGACAGGCCCAAAAUGCGAUCGCUGCUCGCUCGGCUAUUACGGUGACCCGACGAGAGGAACACCCAACGAUUGCAAGCGCUGCGCGUGUCCCCUUGUCGACGACCUCAACAAUUUUAGUCCCAGCUGUCAACUGGAUAAUCCUGACAACUUGGAGAACGCUUACGUAUGCACUCAAUGUCCUGCUGGCUACACGGGAGACCAUUGCGAGAGCUGCGAUUAUGGCUACUUUGGAGACCCAACGAAACUAGGAAGGAAAUGCGAACCGUGCUCCUGCAACGGAGGAAGCUGCGAUCAAGAAACUGGACAGUGCUUGGAGUGCCAAGGGAAUACCGAGGGCUGGCGAUGUGACAAGUGCAAGGAAAAUCAUUACGGGAAUCCACUCGAGCAAAACUGCCUUCCUUGUGAUUGCGACCGUAUCGGGAGUAAUUCGAGUGCUUGCGACCCGAUCAGUGGCCAAUGCGCCUGUUUCCCGUUAUUUGGAUCCCGUGAUUGUUCGUCGUGCAUCGAAGGAUACGGAAAUGUUAACGCCGGUUGCAAAGUGUGCGAUUGUGAGAUCGGGGCAGUCGAUAAAGUUUGUGACUCCGUAACCGGAAAUUGUGUUUGUGCAAAGGGUGUUGUUGGUGAUCGCUGCGAUGAGUGCGAGCUUCACCAUUACGGAUUGAGCAUAAACGGCUGUAGCGGCUGCAAAUGCGAUGCUUUAGGCUCCACUUCCAUGGCCUGCCACAUCGUCAGCGGGCAGUGUCCAUGCAAACCGAAUGUUACGGGGCGGGAAUGUCACCAGUGCGAGGUCGGCUAUUGGGGAAUCGCCACAGGUGCAGGAUGUGCUCCUUGCGAUUGCGACUCAGUCGGCUCCGCAAAUUCUUCCUGUCAUCACGAGACUGGACAAUGCCAUUGUCAGCCAGGCGUAGGUGGAACGAAAUGCAACUCCUGCUUGCCCGGCUAUUACGGAUUUUCGGAAAAAGGCUGCCUACUGUGCGAAGUAUGCGAAAAACCGGGCCACGUGUGCGAUCCGGAUACGGGCCGUUGUGUUUGUCCUCGGUUGAGUUUCGGGGAGCACUGCGAUCGAUGCAGGCCUGGUUCUUACGAUCUCAUACCAGGAUUCGGAUGCAAGGCUUGCUCCUGUACUCCAGGAUCGAUGCGAUCACAGUGCGACGCGAGCGGGCAAUGCCCUUGCCGCGAUGGCUUCUCGGGGCUUAGAUGCGAUCGUUGUACGCCCGGUUACUACGGAUAUCCUCGCUGCAGACCGUGCAACUGCAAUCAUGGCGGUACGAUCAAGUGUGAGAAUGGUCUUUGCGAUUGUGGACCCGAUGGCCAGUGUCCUUGCAAGGAAAACGCGAUAGGCCGACAAUGCAACCUCUGCAAAGAAGGAACGUUUGGUUUAUCGGAGGAAAAUCCGAGGGGAUGCACCGAGUGUUUCUGCUUCGGUAGAUCGACGCUUUGUCAGCAGGCCGGAUUGAGUUGGGGGCAGAGACGCUUGUCUCGUCCUCGGGUUUUGCGAAUAAACGAAACAUCUGACGACAUCGUUCUCACCCAAUUCGGAUUUUCGGUAGUCCUGCCAUCCUUGAACGGAGGACUAAACGUGACGAAUGGUCUCUCCACAAUACCCGGAAGUCUCGGUGACGUGAUGCUACCGUCGAAUCUCUACUACAAUUAUCCUCUGUACUGGGAACUGCCGGAAUCGUUUCUCGGCGACAAAGUUGUCUCCUACGGUGGGUUUUUGCGUUUUAAAACUUCCUCCACUGGCGGCGCUCCGUUGAGGUCCAGUUUUCGAUAUCCCGUCGCACAGAUUCAGGGCAACAACAAAAUUAUUCUUGAACACUAUCAGCAUUUGCCGGUCGAUGACAAUCACUUUAAAAUCAGGCUUCACGAGUCACUGUGGCAAAUACAGAACCGGCCUGAUUACAAAGUAUCGCGAGAAGUUUUGAUGGUGGCACUCCAGAACAUUCAGCACAUUUUCCUGAAAGCAUCCGAUAAUUCGAACUUGGAAGGAGCGACGCUGCUCGAAGCUGCGCUCGACGCGGCUGUAUUAACACCCACGCGGUCACCGCCACUCGCCAAUGAAGUGGAAGUUUGCCAAUGCCCCGCUGAGUACAACAGCACUUCGUGUCAGGAUCCGAGUAUCGGUUAUUACAGAUGGUACAGCAAUACUACCGCCACGUCGACCAUAGUCAUCGACCUCGUCGGCAAAGCUAAACGUUGCCAGUGCAACGGGAGAUCGGAAAUCUGCGACAGGGAAACUGGACUUUGCUCGAAUUGCAGAGAAAAUACCGCCGGCCCUUACUGCGAGAUGUGCGCCGACAGCUUCCAUGGGCACCCCGAUUUCGGUGGCUGCAAACCGUGCCCUUGUCCUCACGCCGACAAAAGAUUCUCGAGUACUUGCCUCGUUAGGGCGGAACACGAGCCUGUUUGUCACUGCAAACCUGGAUACGCGGGCUCGAAGUGCGAACGAUGCGCCUACGGUUAUUACGGCUUUCCGAGCAUUCCCGGGGGUAGUUGUACGCCGUGUAAUUGCAACGUUGCCGGAAGUGCGAGCGACGAAUGUGACGAAGAAACGGGACAGUGCAAUUGCCGACCCGGAUCUACCGGGAGGGAUUGCUCCGAAUGCACAGCGCCUCGUCAUGUUCUCAUCAACGAUGUUUGCACUUUCUGCAGCGACAAUUGCACAAAAAUAUUGUUGGACGACCUGACACUAUUGUCGGAAGAAUUGGCGCUCGAAACCGCUCACAUUGCUAACGGGUACAUCCCACCACCGUGGGAAGAAUUAUCGUACGUCGAUGCCAACACAACAAUUUUGUUCGGCGAGCUCGAGCGUGAAACAGCGCUGAAGGAAAGAAUGAAGAAUAUUCCUUGGUCGGAAUACCAUCGGUUGAUGAAGAAAUCUGAAAAGUUACUCAAAGAUAUGGCUGAGAUGACGAGUCGAGCCUGGAACGUUAGAUCUAAAACCGAUGAUUUCAAAAAUAAUAUUUACAGCUCGCACGUGGAAGUGAAAAACCUCAAAGAUCUGUUACAAGCUACGACGAAUCAACUUCGUCAGUACGGGGACGAUGGUGAAAAAAUUGGUGUAAAAAAGGCUCUCAAGCAGGCUCGAAUGCUCUUGAAUAUGAUAAAAAGCAUUGAUCUCAAACCAAAGACAAAAACAUGUGAAACGUACAUCGAGGAAGCUGAAGAGUUUAUCGAGUGGCUCAACUCCCGCUUCGACGCAACGGAGCCUUUAGAAAAUUUGACAAACAAGUCAGAAAAUUACUCUUCGAGGCUCGACAAUCUCAACACUUACGUGGAAGAUACGACGGAGGCACUUUAUUCAUACGACGUUUUAUACAACGAGAUAAACAUGACUUACGAAGAGGCAGAUUUUCGGUAUGGCAAAGUAAAUUUACUCAAUGUCGAAGUACUCGAGUCAAUCAACGAGGGAAAAAAAUUAAACGACGAAGCGAAAGGCUUCGUUGUUGACAGUCAGAAUAACUUCCAGGACCUUCCGGAACUGCAAAAUAAAUUAGCAUUCUGGACCGAAAAGCUGAACGUUAAAGAAGAAAUACUUUACAGACUGAAUUACGAGUACGAGGACAAGUACGUGAUAAGAGCUGUCGAACAUGCUCAAAAUCUCUCGGAUUAUGUGGAUCGAUAUGUCUCAUUGUUCGCCCAAAGUCGAGACGAAGCUGCAAAUCCUUUGAAGGCGAGUGAAGCUUACAAAAAUAUCGUAGACAGCUUAGCUUCUGCGAAGAUAUCAGCGAAGGAAGCAAAAGAUGCUUCAUGGGAGGCUUACUUCAAGGUUUUUCCCGAUGGACCGAAUUCGAAAUCGUUGCUGGACAAUGCCCUUGACCUUUCGGCGAAGUCUACCGAACAAUGGAAACGAGCCAAGGCCAAUGACUUACCAGUUUCCAUAGCACUCGAACAGUUAGAAGAUCAACAGCAGGCUGUACUCGACUUGAAAGAUUCUCUCAAUAGCACAGGAAUCAAAGAUAAUCAGAUAAACGUGAAACUUCGAGAACUUCAGAGCAACAGUAAAAUACUGCAGGAAAAUUUAGCAAAAACUAAAAACGAUGCGGACAAAGUUGUCGAAUCAAUAAAUGAAUCGCGAAAACUUAUCGACGAUUACAAAGAAGGUAUCGCUGGUAUUUUGAAGCCUCAAUUGCAAGAACUCAAACGAGAGGGCGAUUCGAAAAUCAGUCUCGGUAGUGAAAAGUUAACCGAAGCUCAGAGUAACAUAAAAAGAGCCGAUGCAAAAUUAAUCAGUUUGGCUACCGCUUCGGCCAUGAGGCAAGUCGAAUUCGAUCGGUGGAACGAAACGUUGGCAGCCAAACUCCAAAAACUUAAAGAUAAAAUCGCAGAAGCAAGAAACGCUGCUGAGGGCAUGCGUGUGUCUUUGAGAUCGGUGGAUGGAAAAAAAUGUGUACGGUCGUACAGACCAACGACGCUCCAGCCUUCGAUAACGACCACUAUCGUGAUGACUCUUGCAGUUUCAAACGCACGCCGGAACGGCGCGUUGUUUUAUUUACCAAGCAGUUUGAACGAUGACUUUAUAGCAUUGGAAAUGGUCGACGGGAAAAUACGUUUUCUAUGGAACGUAGGAGGUGGCACCGGGGUUUUGACUCAUCCGGAGGAAAUCGAAGUUGGUAAUCCUCAAGACGACGGUGCGUGGUAUCGGAUCGAAGCUGAAAGAAUUAGGCAUAAAGGAAAAUUGAGUGUAAGAAAACAAAGCUCCACUUCCGGUCGUUACCUUCCGGUAAUAAAUGCGACAAACUCGGAAUUCGGACGAUUCGACGUGAUGAGCACCGACCGAGUGUGGCUCGGUGGAAUUCCAGAAUCUCAGAGACGUCCGGCUGAAUUAAGAGCAACCAAUGGGCUUCCGGGCUGUAUCCAUCAAGUUAUCCUUGACGGCAAGCCUAUAGGGCUAUGGAAUUUCAUUACUUCAGCACCGGACAGCGCUUGUCAAGCUUGCGUUGAAGGAAUGGAAGACGCGAGGGACGACGUAGCUUAUAGUUUCAACGGCGAAGGAUAUGCCGUGAGGAAGAGAGUUUCGACGGGCCCAUACAACAAAUAUACCUUCGGAGUUUCCAUUAAUUUCCGCUCAUUUGACGAAAAUGCUCUACUAUUUUUAGCUAUCAAUCCGAAAAAUCAUCAGCACAUAAUGAUAUUCCUGCGCGAAGGACGAGUAGUUCUCCACAUCGCUUACGGGGGAAACGUCAGCAUAAGGCUGACCUCGACGUACAAGUACAACACUGGAAAUUGGACGAAGGUUGACGCUUUCCGACAGUACCAGCCUCGUAAAAAUAUUGAGGAGUGUAUUUUAAACGUCGGCGGAGGCAACGACAGAAAAACUGGAACUCCGUCACGUCAACCGGGAAAAGAGGAUAUUCCUGACCUCGAGGAAGCAAAAUAUUACAUUGGCGGCUUGCCACCGGGUUUCCGGGCUGUUAAUUUGCAUCUCCCUAGCCAAAUCUCGUUUUUGGGUUGCAUUUCAAACGUUGUCGUUCAGGAGGGCUACGAUCCUAUGGCCGAACAGUAUUAUGGAGUUGAACCAACUUGCGGUAACAAAGCUCCGAAGAUUGUUGGAUUCUACGGUGACGGAUAUCUCGAGUAUCACUCUUUCAUUCUUAAAAAAAUAUCAUCCACGAUCAGCUUCUCUUUCCGUACACUCCAGAAGGAGGCUGUACUUCUCCUGUCCACCUUCCAGGGACAAGAAGAGAGGCUAAACAAUAUUCAAAACAGUGGAUCAGAUGCUAGUAAGGACAGUUAUUACUCGGUCGCUGUGAUCGGCGGUCAAGUCCAAGUGCGGUUGAAUUCCGGCAAAGGAGAAUUGAUUCUUCAAUCGAAUAACACGUACAACGAUGGAAAAUAUCACUCGGUGACAAUUUCAAAGCGCAGAAAAGAAGUCGAGCUUCGAGUCGACGACGCUUAUCAGGGUGGUGGUAAGCUACCGACCGGAGCUGCCAUCAAAGCACCUGAGAUCAAUGGAGGAUUAUUUUUCGGUGGACUGCCAGCUCUCAUAAAUAAUACGAAAAUGAUAGCUACCGGAGUUCCGUUGUACGGCGCAAUCAAAGAUGCGAUCUUCAAUGAUGAAAUUCUACGAUUCGACGAAGCGACCUCCUUCGAUCACGCCCUCAUAGGACGGGCUGGCCCAAGCAUGGGCAAAGAUCCACCGACUUAUGCACCCUCGGCUUCCCUUUCGCGUGGAAUGUCCACGCAACCGGAAGGCUGCCAAAAAGUGCCUUACUACUCGCUCGAGCCUGGAGCUCUGAAAUUCGGUGACAAACCUCACAGCCAUACGCAGCUGUAUUUGAAUUUUAAAAAAUUCUGGGAAAAAAAAUACGUCAUCGAGUUUGAUUUUAGAACUUACUACCCCAAUGGUCUGCUUUUCAUCACUCCCGGAAUACGAUUGAAACAUUUUCUAAUGGUGAUAGUUCGAGACGGUCAGCUCUUGUUAAUGGUAAAGAGCAGGCAAAAGAAGGAAGUGUUAUUCAAAACACCUUUCAACGAUGGAAAUUGGCAUCACGUUGUAAUUACUCACGACGAGAGAAAAUUGACCCUGGUAAUUGACACUCAAACUCCAAGGACGAUCAAAGUACCCAGGAAAAUUGGUCUCGCCUCGAUGAUGUACAUCGGUGGUCUACCAGAAAGCGGCACACCUUUGCCCGACCAAGUUGUCGUUAAGCUAGAAACUCUCAAAGGGUGCAUCAGAGGAUUGCGGGUCAAUGGGAAUAUUUACGAUAUGGUUGGAUCGACCAGUAGAGCUUACAAUGUUGGUCAAUGCUUUCCAAGCGUUGAAAGCGGCGCAUACUUCCAGGACGAAGCUUAUGCAAUAUACAAAAAGGAUUUUGAGCUCGGAGCGAUAUUGGAGCUGCAACUAGAGUUCCGAACGUCCGAACUUUCCGGAGUUCUCUUAUCGAUAACAGCACCGGGUGGUUCGCCGUCGUUGUCGUUGGAAUUGAAUAAUGGAAAGAUAAUAAUGUCCGGUGAUCUCGGUGACAAUAAUCCGCUGUACGUCGAACAACAUUUUCCUAGUCCCUAUGCGAUGUGCGACAACAGAUGGCACAGAAUUCAAGCGGUUUAUAACGACGAAGAGUUGGCCCUGAAAGUCGACGAGCUCGAUCAAAAGUAUGGUUUACCGGCAAACAUCAAUGAGCAUUUUAUGGCUUCGGUUGCAUCGAGUCCCUUGUACAUCGGUGGUUUACCAGCAUCAGCGCCAAAAGGAACGUUGAUAACACGAGAUCACUUCAACGGCUGCAUCCGAAACGUGAUGAUCGGUGGAGAGAGACGAGACUGGACCGACAUGGCGGAGCUGCACAACAUUCACCUCAGUUCGUGUCCGGUCCAAUGAAAAGUGGAAAAACAAUAAUGAACGAAAAAAAACGGACGAAUAAUACAAACGAGGAAACAAUCUUCGUAUUAUUUGAAAACCAAGCCGAUCCGUGGUCUCAAGUUCACAAAAAGUGGUCGUCAAGAAUCCGCACACAAAGUUCAGAGACUUUUUAUGUCAUUGCGAGUAUCUUUUAGAAGCGUAAAGUGCGAUGAAUUCUGUCACCGAGCGUUAGUGUGCCAUAAAUCAUAUGGAGAUCGAAGCAAUCCGUUGAAUCUUGAGACCUUAAAGACUUAACGAAGCCAAAAGAUGCUAAACAGUAAACGAACAAAAACAAACUUAAGUACUGCUGCUGUAAGGUAAAUACUUUCACUGCAGUUAAAUGGACCGGGCGAUUGUCAACGAGUCACCACUGCUAAUAACGAAACGAGACGAAAUAAACAACCGAUUUCAUCACACGGACUACGUCCCGGAGAGGUCCUUAAUUUUUAAGUAGAAACUUCACUGCCAUAUAGUUUAAUUAACCAUUUUCCACCGUGAGUCCCCAUCAGCCGCCAUUGUACAUCAGUAUUUAAACACGUUAUUAUUUAUUACUACUAUGAUUAUAUAUAUAUAUAUAUACAUAGAUAUAUAUAGAAUAUAAAAAACUCGAUGAGCAAGAAUUAUAAUUGAGUCGUAAAAUGAAACGAGACUAUAUGUUUUGUACUUUUAUAGUAUGUAGAAAAACGAAAAAACGAUUAAAAGAUAAGUACUUUUUGGCGCCCUCAAAGAAUUCAUACCCCAAUCAUCACUUCGACGAUAAAUUACACGUGUAUUCAUCCCAAUUACGUUAUUCCAUAAAAAAAUCAGUAGAUUUGCAGAAAAAAAAACGAAUUGCGUAAACUUGAGAAGAUCAUACAGAAAUUUUUUUUCAUGUCAAUUGCUUUCUUUUUUAUUGAGGCUUGAAAAAUGUUUGAGUUGGUAAAAAAAAAACCAGAAAAACGUACGAAAAAAUUAUGACGUGCGUUAAAAUACGUCGCUGAAAUCUUUUGACGAUGUGGGCUAAAAAAUCUGAUCAUUUGUUGUAGAAUAGUUGGAAGAUUUUUACGAAUAUUUGAAAUAAUUGCAAUUUUCCUCGUAAAUUUUUGUCUCGUUGCGAGAUUUUGAAACUCCGAUAUAAUGAAUUUCCUGAAUGUUGCACGUGAAAAAAAAAUGAUAAACAUGUAAGCAAACCGAAACGUAACGAGAAUAAUGAAGUACAUUAAAUCGAACGAGUUUCUUGUAUAAAAGUGUCGUUGGCUUCCGGGAACCGUGCUAUUUACGGUAUCCGUUGUCCACGAAAAUCUUUGUAAUAUUUAUACCGCCUAAGGAUAAUAAAUAUGAAGAAAAAUUGUAAUAUAUAAAAAUUGUAGGAGCAAAACGAAAAAAUUCAGUGGUAAAUGAAAGCUGAUUUUUCGUAUAAAUGAAGAUAUUGGAAGACGAAUAAAGUCGAGAUAAAAA